UGUUAGUGUGUCUGGAAAUCAGAAUUAUUUUAAGACAACAGUAGAACUAUUCAAAACCAAUAUGCACAUCCACAUUGUAAAAAAGACGCACAUGACGCUAUUUCAACUUUUGACAGUCGUUACAACUUUACCUCACCGGGAGACGAUCGGUUCGUUAGAAUUUAAAAUUGUGACGCAUUCGCCUUACGUACCUGAGGCAGACGGCAGAUUGGAAAAUCUUCUUAUAGCUGACGAUGUUCAGUCUGACGGAUUCAGUUUAGACAGCGUCAGAAAUCUAAUGGUAGAAGACGAAUUCAAUUCUCUCACUGAUGAAGAUGACAUUAUGAAUAUCAACUUUAUGAGUACGGAAAUAAUACCCGAUGACGAAUCAACAGGAACAUAUAAAAUGCCCACCGAAUCAGAAACAACAGAAAGUAUAGAUUACUCAUCAACAACAGCGUCUUAUGACUCUAAUACUACAGAAGAAGAUGACAUAGCCGGUCGUAGCGGUUUUUCUCCAAAUAUAGUAGCAUCAUUGCUAGGACGGUAACCAAAAU